GAGACUUUCUAUUAGUCGUUAGUUCCCAUUAUCCUUUGACUUCCCUGUCCAAAGCAAAUAAGAACUGUUCCCCCGACAGGGGACACCCAGCUAUGUUGUUACAUGAUCUCCUGGAACAAUGCUUCGAGUUCAUUGCUAUGGACGGUGCAAUCGGAUGCCAACCGACGGCCCUACACAAACAUUUAUCCAACAUAAACUCCUCGUUUGACAAGUCUACUUUUGCCUAUGUCUGGAAGUCACUUUGCUUUCAACCUACUAUUGAAGUCAUCCUCACUUCGGACCUUUUCACUGCAUCCACUGGUCAGAUAGCUACAGUUAAAGGAAAGAAACGGAAGUAUGACGAUCAGACCAAUUCACACGAUUUAAUCAGAAUUCUUUGUGAGGACGAUGGAGCUCAAAGAAAGGGAGACGAAGUUUCAAUCAAAGAUUACGAGGCUUUAAGUGCAAAAUGGGGAGACAGGCUUCGCAUUAGGUGCACCGAAGACGAGAUCUACUUCCGUCUGACUGGCCAGCACGAAAGGCUAUCCAGCUUAACCGCUGACAAUUUCCAAGUCCUCCAGCUGAUAGCUAUGACCCGUGAGAACGGGAUCGCACUUAUUGAUCUCGACCCUUCGUCCGGUUUGGAGAAAGUGGAGAACAUCCAUGCUCGAGUAGAUGUGCUCACCGAUCUUGGUCUAUGCGUCAGACUGUCGCAGACUAUUCGAAGCAGCAUUGGCUCUAUCCUUGUACACUACAAGUUCCUCCAUCUCAACUCUGCCUACCUCUCGCUCUGUCGAUUGAAUCCUGAACUGCAAGAUACUCUUCCACCCGAUGUAUCACUCUCCCAUAUGACACAGGAUGAGGACGGGGACGACUUUGUAAACGACGCCGACGAAGAAGAAGACCAGUCUGUAAAUAAACUUCGUCUAGGCUUUCCCCCUUUGACAGAAACGGAAGUAUCAUCGGGACACAUAAUCAGAGAGAGAUUGCUGAAAGCUCUCGAUCAUCCCGAGCUCAAAAACCAUCUUUUAAGACAAAGAGGUCUCCUAUAUGCAUUAGGAUGGAUAGGGCCCGUGGGCACCAAGCAGCGCAGGGCAGUAGAGCGCAUCAUUCGGGCUCUCGUUGACAGUGGAGUGGUUGAACGUGUUGCUGCUGGGAACAAAAGAAUUUUGUGCAUUCGCCUAACCAAAUAUAGGACAGAAUUCGAUAAAGAUGUGUUAGAGAUUAGCAAGGAUUCAAAAUGGGAAGUGCAGGAGGAUCGGGAUUGUUUACAAGUAAUCGCUCACCGAGCGCCCUAUCAAUCAGCAGGCGGUAUAUCAAUGAGUCAAGCAUUGGAUUAUCAAGUGUUGGAUCUGAUCGUGCAAGCUGGUACAGAUGGGAUUAUUAAAAAUGAUCUUUGGCGGAAACUGAACUUCAUGGUAUCAAGAUCGUUUGACCAAGUCAUUGAGCGGGUCACGGUCACCACUACGCCAAAUCAUCUAUGGUCUCGGAUAAUCAUUAGGACUAGAGAGAACGAGAGCCGUGAACAAAGACAUCGUUAUUUCUCGAUAUCAAGUUUUCGCGAGGUUGCACGGCAGCUGGGUCGAGACAGCGACCUUGGUGAUGCCGCUAAGGAGCCGCGAAACGUAGGAGAGUUUGCCGAUAUCUCAUACAGAUCUCGUUAUCAUGGAGCUGAAGAGUACCUUCAAGUUCUUGGGGGGGCCGUUACGAAAAAGGCGAUUAAAAGUCAGAAGAAAGAUCCCAAAGAUUUCAAGUAUCAGGAUUCAUCCCAGAAACGCGGACGACCAUCGACCACUAUUAUUGUUUAUGAUGCUCACAACGGUGAACGGAACCGUGGAAUCAUCGGGGCUAUACCGGUCCAACCUGAUCUUCCGGCUCGUUUAGUCUAUGACUCCGACUCCGGGCUUGUUAUGGCUCCGUCUCCUUUGUGGAGUGGGAAGGGAGCUCAUCCCCCGUUUACAGAGGAGCAACGCCGAGAAGGGAAGGAGCCUGCAUGGUUUGACAAGUAUCCUCACGCAAAAGAACGUGCUGCACCAAGAAAUUCUAAGAAAGGGAAGGGGAAAAGACGGUCAGAAGUUGGAGCGGUUGCAGAUGCUUGCAGCGUCGAUGAUCACGAACCUAGACAAAUCAAGCGAAUAAAAAGCGAAGUCAACCGCAAGGAAGAUAUUGACAAGCAGCUGUCGACCGUCUCACCUGGACCAUCAACAACGACUGCCGAUCUUCAUGGUGAUUCCAUUCGCCAAGGCCUGUCUGCUGACGAAACUUCCAUUAACGCUUCCUCCUCUUCUCUUCUCAGUGUCAGGAGUCGGAAAGGGAAAUUACCCAAGAACAAUAGAUCCGGCACGGUUUCCGCCCCUCCUGAGGUAGAUCAUAGUGGUUCACCUGCCAGCGGGCCGGCUACGAAAUCACAAUCGUUAAAUACACCUGUUGCAAGUAGUGGCUUGGUGGACGAUGCUGGGCAGCGUAUCCCUGUAGUUAACUCUUCUGGGCUCUCAGAGGCCUCAAAUGAGUUAGCCAACACUCUCGUUAACCUGUCGAACCUCCCACAGCUAAGUGAACCAUUGCCUGUAUCAUUGCCCGCCCCUCGUCCUGUUCUAUCGGUGCACAAUAGACAAGAAAAAUCGUCGGGAUCUCUGGAAUUUGCAAAGGCAUCCAAGAAAUGUUCUGAUGGUGGACCUCGUCUCACAAGGUCUUUUAUUUCAACGGCCAGUCCGGUUGAGGCCGAAUCUGUUAUACCGUCUUUCACCCAAGCCGAAGCUAAGAUCGUUGAAGGUGAUGCCAAACGGAAGAGCUCUUUAAUGCCGGCGUCUGAGCAACCCUCAUCAAAAUUUGCUCGGCUGGUUAAGGGAAACGAAAUAGCCAACGUGUCUGCGGGUGAAACGAGUUACAGUCCUGGUCAACGGGUGGGCCGGUCACUUGCACCAGCGUCGUUAGGUGCUGAGACUGCAAUGUCAACUUUAUCUUCUGACGGCAACGAGGACAGGGAGGGAACGCCUUUGAAAGAGGUGCCUCCAUCCACUUCAUCAACUCCUCUACCAGCGAGAUUGAAAAAAGGAAAAAGUGUUGGUUCAACAAAUAGGAAAUCAUCCACUCCUCGGGGUCUGUUAGACUUACGUGAAUCCUUACAAGCGGAAGAGCUCCUACAAUUCAUCCAUGAUUUUGGAGGGAUCAUAGCGCAAGCUAAGAUCCAGAAUGAGCAUCACGCAUGGACUAUUAAACAUUGUGGCUCUUCCCAUCCUCAUUCUCCCAGCAGGGCAUACACAAUGGACCGCACGACCAUCAAGCGGGCUCUUGGAGCUCUUGACCGUCAGGGCCGGCUCAGACAUAUUACGACUCAGGUUGCUACCACUUUAGGAACAUUUUCGUCUGUCAAGUUCUAUUACCUGCCGGAUCUUCCCUCUCAACAGCUUAACAACCACAUUAAUAGGCACAGACAUGAGAUCACACAGACCGGAAAGCUGUUCAGGUCGUCCGUUGCUACAGAACUUCCCCAAACGGAGUUCUCAGAUUUCCAUCGUUCAGAUCCUAAUGGUGGCAAAGCUGCUGUUGCUUCGUUUGAACAGUCGACUGCAAAAUCCAGCUCAGAAAGGAGGGAUCUCCUGCUUACUGAGAGAGAUGUAGUCAGCCAACUCUAUGGGUACAAAUUUGGCAUGUUUGUUAGAGUCCGAACUCUCCAUUGCGCCAUCGUCAACGCUCUUAAAACAGCCGAUUCGCCUUCUAUCAUCUCUAUUUCCCCUCGAAUCUUCUCGCUUACUUUACUUUUUGAGGAGCUUCAGGCCAAAGACUGGUAUGCUAUCAUGCAGUAUACUAAGCUCUUGGAACAUAUCGUGGCCUGGCUUGGGAUCCCCAGCAAUGGAGAGACCAAGCUCAAGGAUGUUCCACCCGAGUUUAGGCCGCCUAAGGGUUUUGGCGGAUCGCUUCCAAGGGACAGGAUCGGAAGAUUGUUGGAUGUAUUGGCGACUCUCAAGAUCCUCACACCGCUUGUAGGUGUGGAUGACGGAAACGGCGACAUCAAUGUUGGUGAACAGAUGUCAUUCCGAGUAGCAGACUCAAGUGUUGCCCCCUACUACGUGCUGCAUGAUUAUGCUCCGGUGUAUCAUGUUGCAUUAGGAUCUACAGCCCCGCUCUUAGGGCUACUUCCGGUCAUGUCUGAAGGAGAUAUUAGAGCGUUCUGGGGAAAGUAUAGAGAGGCUGUUCGGGAUAACACACCUAUGGAUCUGCCCGACAAAGUCGACCACGCUUCAAGCAAUCGUAACCUAAUGUUCCCCAGUGUAGCCCGCAUCAAAGAUCUUAUCGAACUUGACCCAUCUUUCCUUCGCAGAAUGCAAACCCGGGCUAGGUGGGAUGACAAACCUCGAUUGACAACAUUACAGCAGGAUGCAAUCAGAGGUGCGAUCGAUUGGUCACGGGCUACCGUUCACAUUACUUCCCCGGAAGCGCUUGAAAACUUCGCCUAUGAAAACGCUCUUCCGAUUUCGAUCAUCGAAGCUGAGCUUCAGUCGGGCCAAAAACGUGCUCGAGAGAACAUAGCUCAUCGUGAGGAGAGGCUGCGCGACAGCGCGCGUCGAGCCCAGGAGCGACAAGAGAGACGGCUGCGCUCAUAUCAAGAACGAAUCGCAGGAGAAGAAGCAGCGUCACGUCAAGCCUGGGAAGAACGGAUUGCAGCAAGCGCAGUGCGAAAGGGUGUGCCUUACGAUUCGGCGUUACUGGAUUUCGUCAGUUCGAAAGCUCCAGUCAACAUGAAGAAGGCGAAUGUUACAGAUGGGCUAGUGGAUUAUUGGGUCGGUGUAUGGGAACUAUGCAAGGAGAUGGAUGGAGAGGAGAGAGAACAACUUUUGGCACAAGGAAGAGUUGCUUUGAAGCAAAAAGGCAAGGGAACAGAUAAAAAGCUGAAGAGGAAAGGGAAGGGCAAGAAAACCUCAGAAACGCAUGGACAAGACGAAGCACCAGACGUAGAGGGAACGACGACUAAAAGGAAAAACCGUUCGAAACGCAAGUGGACGACUGAAGACGACGAACUUAUGCUUGAUAGCGAAGCCAUCAUUCGGGCUCGUUCUCGAACCAAUGCUUACAAAGGCCGCGCUGCCAUGUCCCAGCUUUAUCCACGAAUCACGGCAAGCACUUUCCGUAUGCGUAUUAUGAAGAUUGCUGGCGAGCCCGGCAAGCUGGCAUACCUAGAACGGUUGGAACAGGCGUGGUAUGAACUUUGGCUCAAACAUAGAGGAACUGAAGAAUUGCCGGAUGAUAAUAUCGAGAGUUCCGUGGAGUUUGACUUGAAGGCCCACAUCGACUUCCUAAGAAAACACGUCGACAAGCGUACAUUGAAAUUACUCGCCGCUUCAACGCCCAUUACAUCAGGUUUCCAUGCGCCAGAUCUCCCCUCUGACAUCCAUGAUCUCCACAACCAAUUUGACUGGGAUUAUUCCAAGACCAGUAGACACACAUUUGAUACUGUUGCUGAAUCUCUAAGUGCCGAAGAGAUACGACUCAAUAAUUUGGCCCGAAAGUCACUGAUACAUGGCCCCACCAAGGGGCAGGCUGAGUCGGGGUCGAGUCUGAAUAGGGAGAUGGGCAAGCUUCGCGCAGUCAUGAAACUUAUCGUGGCUACUCCUGCAGCCACAUAUGAUAUCAAUUGCGGUGAACGUUUAUUGUCCUCAUGGGACACAUGUAUCAGAGAAAUGGCUACUGCAGAAUUAGUUGAUGCGGGGGUUUUCAGGAAGUAUCUUGUGGGAGCAACAGCGGGUACUGCCGGAAGGUUUUAUGACUUCACAACUCAAUGGCAGCAGUUGUCGGACGGGCCACUGCCGACCACGUUCUGGGAAGAAGCAGAGGUGCUGGAGACGAAACUCGAAGAUGCUGGCGACGAAGGAUUCGAGUGGCCGUUGAUUGGGCAAUCGGGUGAACUGGGUAAAUUGAUGAGUAUGGUAUCAAAUGAUGAGGCCGAAUUUUCCUUUAACAUCAAGGACUUCCCGGCCAUCAACAUCCCCCAUUAUAACACCAGAAAACUUAAUGAUGAUGCCUAUGAGUUCGACUUUAAAGUCAAAAGGUCAGUUCCCCCUCGUCCGCCACUUGCCGCCUCUGCACCCGACCCAUUCGUGUGCAAUGUUCCUUCCCCGUGGAACGCCAAUGCUCUCGAUGCUCUCGACGUCGAACAAUCGCGGCAGGUUCUGGAAGCUGCCAGUCGAGUGGUAGAUGCUGUCAUUGCCGCUGGUCCCGAAGGCAUCACUAAAUCAUCCCUUCAAAAUAUGCUCAAUCUUUCCACUGGUUUGCUCGAAGAUAUCUUUAGUACUUUCCACAAAGAUUCCUCUGCGGUAUUUUGGUCAGGCUACGAUACUGCGCGUCUCGUGGCGGUGGAAUUCUGGCCUUCCUGGACCAUUAGGACACGUCCUUUCGAGCUUAAAGAGAAAAAGGAGAGCGAAAGGUGCACAACCCCACGCCGUUGGCUUGACAUCUACGGUCAGGUGUUGCAUACAGAGUGGAUUCGUGCAGUCAACCGCGUCGCGAGUCACUUAAUGAUGAGGCCUGGUAUUACCCAGCGUCGGUUGCGAGCGAAGUUGGAUUUAAUUUUAGACCGGCUUGAGCUAGUAGAUGUUUUGGAAUAUCUUGUGAAGAGGGGUAUUGGACGACGAGGAUGGAUGGGGCCCGAAGGGAUGAACAUGCCUCCCGUGGAGGCUACGAGCAUAGAAGAGGAAGAGUGGGUGGUAUGGUCACUGGACACCAAUUUGUCCUUUUCAACUGCGUGACGCGUGAAAGCUAGUACUUUCGGAAAUUCCAGGCAUUGUUAAUAUGAGACGUACGCUUAUUCUGGGGGGUGUGGAUUAUGUGUUCUAGGCUUUGUGCACAGUAUGGUAAUGGGGUGUUAACUGUACCGUAAUGCAGUAUGGAAUUACUGUAGACGUCUAAUGAGGAAGGAGAAAUAUAUAUAUGAUGCAUGUAUAAUAAU